UUUCUGUUUUGAGGAGGGAAGAAGAAAAAAAAGCUCUAGAGCCGAGAGGAAAAGAGGGCGGGACUGCGCUGGGGAGCGGCUGGUCCGGCUUCGCAGGGCGCUCCGCAUUCAGGGAGCUCCUGCAGGAAUUUCCUGGACUUGAAUUGAGAGCCAUACAUUUAUGUAGAGCAGAUGUGGAGAGUUGUACUGCCACAAUUUGUGAUGUCCUUGGACUGUUGAGAUUUACUCUGUUUCUCAGCGAAUAGACGUGCCACUUAUCCAUAUAAACUGGGAUUAAAUGAGGAGAGAUCCAUCAUGGCCUUAUAGGUAUGUAAUGUUCAGAUUCAGAAAUGCCUUAUGUGGAUCGUCAAAAUCGUAUCUGUGGUUUUCUAGACAUUGAAGAAAAUGAAAAUAGUGGAAAAUUUCUACGGAGAUAUUUCAUAUUGGAUACAAGAGAAGAUAAUUUGGUAUGGUACAUGGAUAAUCCACAGAACCUUCCUUCUGGAUCCCCACCAGUUGGAGCCAUUAAACUUACCUACAUUUCAAAGGUUAGCGAUGCAACUAAACUGAGGCCAAAGGCAGAAUUCUGCUUUGUUAUGAAUGCAGGGAUGAGGAAAUACUUUCUACAGGCCAAUGAUCAGCAAGACUUGGUUGAAUGGGUAAAUGUCCUGAACAAAGCUACCAAAAUCACAGUACCAAAGCAAACUGAUUCACUGUCUCACACUGAUAAUUUAACACGUCACACUGAAAAUCUGGGGAUAAAGAAGCAGAUGUCUUAUAGGACAGAGAUUGUUGGUGGUGUUCCUAUAAUAACCCCUACUCAGAAAGGAGAGAUAAAUGAAUGUGGUGAAGGUGAUAAAAACUACUUGAAACGGUCCCAAAGCCACCUUCCAUAUUUUUCUGCUAAGCAUCCCCCAGAUAAUGCUGUGAUUAAAGCUGGCUACUGUGUUAAACAAGGAGCAGUGAUGAAGAAUUGGAAAAGAAGAUAUUUCCAGCUGGAUGAAAACACGAUAGGAUACUUUAAAUCUGAACUGGACAAGGAGCCUCUUCGGAUUAUACCACUGAAAGAAGUCCAUAAAGUCCAGGAAUGUAAACAAAGUGAUAUAAUGAUGCGAGACAAUUUAUUUGAAAUUGUAACAACGUCUCGAACCUUUUAUGUACAGGCAGAUAGUCCAGAAGACAUGCACAGUUGGAUUAAAGCAAUUUCUGGUGCAAUAGUAGCACAGCGGGGACCUGGAAGAUCAGCAGCUUCUGAACAUUCCAACUGUUCUUCAGAAUCCACCUGUCCUGCAAAAACAGCAGCAGCGACCUCACAUUCCACAACCACUCACAACCCCCCUUUGGUCCAAACCCUUAACACCGAGCCCCUUGUCUUGGAGAAGCGAAGACUUCACGAAUCUUUUGCCAAGACCAAGCCAGGGAGCUUCAAGGCUGUCCCUUCAAGAGACCCAGCUUCCAAAGUGACUCUACAGGGCCUAUUGGAACCUCAAAAUAAAAAUGGCACUCAGGAACAGGAUCCUGGCCCAGUCGAUCUGGAUGAUGCAAGCCUUCCAGUCAGUGAUGUGUAAUAAUGGGAAGCAUUUCGAGAAUAUGUUUUUGGUCCUUGAAUUUCCUCAUUCAGACUUUUAGCCAAAGAUGACUAUGGUAUGAAAGAACAAAGAAUGGAAUGUUGCUUAUAUAGAUCUGUAUGUGUGUGCAUACAUUCAAAUUUGUGUAUGUUUGAAUUGUCAUAUGCUGCCUUAUAUUGAUUAUCAGAGUGAGCCGUUUGCUUUUUCCGUAGUCUGAUGAUAAAUGUUUUGAGGGGCCAAAAUACAUGAUUUAAAAAUUACUGUUGUCAAUAAGCAAGGUACCAGCUGCUUUUCAUCACCCAUAUGGCAAAACUGAGAAGUAUCUUUGUGUUUUAAAAAAAGAAAUGUCAACAUGUGGCUUAAUUAUCUUCUAAUUUAGGUUAUUGACAAGCAAGUUGACUUAUUUUCUUAAAACACUGGCACAGCUUUCAGGCAUUUUAGUAUAUGUAUGCAGAGUUGGUUCUUACAGUGAUUUCAGAACCUUACUGAACCAAGCAGAGCUUAAUAUAAUGUACAUUUCCUAUACACAGUCUUCAUGUAAAAAACAACAACACUAUUAUGCUGCAGUGUCUGAAAUAAGGUGCAUUUUUCCUACCAUGAUUAUACAAAUUUGGCAGUUACUGAAUGAUCUGCAUACUUAUGGUAUGAAAACCACUUGUGCCGUAUUUUAGACAUUACAUAAACAUGUGUUAACUUACAUGAAAUGAGUAACCUUUAUGUGUGAGAAAAGCAUUCCUAAAGGAGAGGGACGCAGAUCACUUGCACUAGCAUAAAUGUGCUGACUUCACUGGAACUUUUGUAAUUGCUCUGUGAAUCACUGCCCUUCUUCUAUAGAAUUCAACCCCUUUAGAAUUCCUGUCAUUUGGUGCUGUGAAACUAACAUAAGAGUAAUACUGCUAUUUUGAAUAUUAAGUCUAUUUUUAUGCACUCCUAAAGAUGAACUGUAAUUUUUGCACAUUUGGAUAUUAAUGGACCAUCAAUAAAUGAGAGUGUCAAGUGGAUUUUUUUAAAGUAGGGAGACGGGAAACUGAACUACCAAAUCUUUUAAAGAUUUAACUAAAAGUAUUUUAUGUUAAGCUUUGCAGAAAUUAAAUAUUUAAAAUUGUCUUAAGCUUUCCCUCCCUCUUAUGUGAUCCUUUUUUUCACCCAGCGUGGUUCCCAUUUUAUUUUGGGGUCAGUAAAAAACUAAAAUCUGUUUCAUGCUGUUAACUGGUACGGAAUUGUUUAAUCAUGCAGUUGUGGCCUGUAACUUUUGGUGCACUAAAUUUAUUAAAAGUGCCUGUGGGUUUUCUUUCAUGAUUUGUUAAAUGUUGGGGGGGUUAAAUGGAUACUGAUUUUUGCUUUUGUGGUUUUGAAUCUUGAAGUGAAAGUACUUUAUGUAGUAUAGCUCACAACAUGUAUAAAACAAUAUGCUAGGGUUGCUAGCAUACUGGUAUCUUAUUAGCUGUGCAUUGUUUUUUAAAACGGAUAUUUGUUCUGGGUUUCAGUGAUAAAAAUGGGUUUAAGAAGCUGGUGUUGAAUAUUUUGAUCAGAAUGAACUUGCACUAUUUUGUAGUUAGGUUGUGAAAAUGUUUGCUUUAAUCAAGAAAAGCCCCCAAGUCUCACAUGAUGCUGCUUAAUGCAGUUCAGAUAGUUUGUAGUACUUUAGGUUUUUUUUCUUAAAAAAACCUUCUGUGUGCAAUGCUUGAGAGAGCAUGCAGAAAAAAGGUAAGAAGGCAGACAUUUGAAUGAAAAUAUCGGCUACUUAAGUGAACAUGCAAUUGAAUUAUGUGCCAGUGAUGCAGAUAAGCAACCUUUUUGAAAUUAAAGGUUCUGGAAUGCAGUUGUGUGGUAUUUUACUUUUGCCUACAGGCCUAUGGCCUGCUUCCUUUCUUGCUCAUCUCCUAGUGAGAUGAGACAGAAGGAGAUUAUCUCCCAGCACUCCACUCUAAUUCAGUGUGGAUUCUAGAUAUUUCCACAUACUCAAUGCAGGGUUCAAUUUGCUGUUGACUUCCUGUAAACCUAACCUGAAAAUAUUACUGGUAGAAGGCAGUGGCUCAGCCCAGUAAUUUUUUUUUUGCAGGCAAUGGCACUAGGUGACUUAUUUUCAGAUGCUAACUAGACUGUAUAGAUUGACAACAACUUUUUUAAAAGUAGCAUUAGUUUCAAAGUAUACAUAAAAAACUCAGUCAUUGUUAUCAAAACCUGACAGUGAUGAAAUUCCCUAAAGCCAGCACACUGUUGGUAAGGAAGCCUUUCCUUUUUAAUCCAUGCCAUUGAGCAUUUCAGAGAAAUUUUAUUUCAUUUCUAAAACAACCUGCAAUUACUUGCUUUCUCACUACUAUACAUAUAGAAAAUGUGACUGGAUAGGAAUACUUGCAGCCCUGCUACAUGUGUAUUCACAUGGAAGCCCUACUUUCAGUAUGCCCAAGGCUCUCGCAGAAAUGAGCUGUGCUGGUUUGCAUCCUGAGAUGUUAAACUUAUGCAGUUCCAUUAGUCCAUCCUGCAAUCUGGUCUUUGGCAUAUGACCUCUAGAUUUAAAUUAUUUGCCUUAGAGGUGCCUUCCCCACUAAACCUCUUGAUUUAAGCCUAUAUGUCUAUGCAGUUCUUUGUGUGAUUUACAUGGGGGCUCAUUCUGCACCUGAACUUGAACUGACCUUUUUAUGUCCCCCUUUUUGGUUUUAUAUACAGUAUUCUACAUCAAGAGGUACAAGCAUUUUACAUCAUUGGUGUGGACAAUCUUGCAUUUUUCUGAUUCCAUUGUAUCCCCUCAUUUUAUUUUUUGUUCCUUACCUUUUUGUGUGAAUUUGUACCAUUGCACAAAUCCACUUAGAUGUGUACCUAACUUUGUCAGAAUCUGGUUACUCUGUGAUCAUGGAAAUCACAUCUUUAGACUUCCUUCCUUUCAAGGUUACAUCCCCUCUUUAGCACAUUGGUUUUAUUUACUGAAAGGUACAUGGGUACAAAUUCAACAUACCAAUAAAACUUUAAGCUUGCAGUUUUGAGGGGAAUCAACCUGUGUACAAAAACUUGUAAAUGUUAUUUAAAUUUGUUGAGACUAAAAAUUGAAAGGAGAAAAUGUUAGUACUGACAAACCCAAAUGCUAUAGUAGUAGCAAUGCCAAACUGAAGUGGCCUUGUUUCUAAUUGAUCAAGUAUAACAGCACCUUUACAUCUAUUAACCAUAAGCUAAACACUAGCAGUGUUUGUAAAUUACAUUUAUUUGCCUUCUCAGUUACAUGUGAGCUAAAGUUGAAUGUUAUAGCAAGUCUAGUUUAGUAGCAUACAUUUUAGCUUGUAACAAAUUUAGCCACUAGAUAUUUGAAACCUUAUUUUUCACAAAUAUGUACAUUAUGGGAGAAACUGAAUUGAUGUAGUUUUAGAUUUCCUGGUUCUGGUACAGUUUCCACACUGCAUGUUGAUUUUACUCUGUUUUGACAUUGCCAGUUUUUAAAUAAUGGAUUGGAAGCAAAGCAGCACUCUUAUUUGGAUUCUUUUAAAAUUUAACUGGUUAGAUAGUUUGGUGCAGGAAAAUAUUGUGGUUGCUAAAUUGUUAGGGUCUCUUAUUUAUCAGUACUUUUUAAAUAAAAUUGAUGAAAAUUGUUAAAUUAUUUUAGAACCUGUGGUGUUUUCUGUAAAUGUCACACUUGUUAAUAAAUUGACUUCAGUAACAAAAUAUAACAAUCCUAUCAGACUACAUUUAGCGCACUUCAAAAGAAAAAUGUUAAUUUUUGUGAAUGAAACUAUUUUUGCAUAUUGUUUGUUCUUCCCUCCCUGUUGAAUUCAGAGAAAACUAAGUGACAAGUUUUGUUAAAAAAUAAAAAGCAGACCUGUGAAAACUA